AUGAUCCUGUCCAAGUCAGUACUCUACGCUCUGGGUCUUGGCCUCGGCCUCUGCACUCAGGCCCGGGCCCGGACCGUACUGAACACCCGACAGCAAGACAUCGUGACAUGGGACGACCACAGCCUGCUGAUCAACGGCGAACGCGUCAUGAUCUUCAGCGCCGAGAUCCAUCCCUUCCGGCUUCCCGUGCCGGGACUGUGGCCUGACGUGCUCCAGAAAAUCAAGGCAGCGGGAUACAACUGCGUAUCCAUCUACAUCGACUGGCAGCUCCUGGAGGGCGAGCGCGGCACGUUCCUGGCCGAGGGCAUCUUCUCACAGGAGAACUUCUUUGCGGCAGCCAAGGCGGCGGGACUGUACGUCGUCGUCCGUCCGGGCCCCUACGUCAACGCCGAGGUGUCCGGUGGCGGGUUCCCGGGGUGGCUGAGCCGGGUCGAAGGGACGCUCCGCACCAACGGGACGGACUACCUGGCCGCCACGGAGCUGUACAUGCGCGAGAUCAAUGCCAAGGUGGCGGACGCGCAGAUCACCAAUGGAGGGCCCGUCAUCCUCGUGCAGAUCGAGAACGAGUACACCGACUUCGCCGAGGGGUACCAGCUGCCCAGCUACGACUACUGGGACAAGGUGAAGAAGCAGUAUACCGACGCCGGCAUCGUCGUGCCCCUCUUCAACAACGAGGCCAGCAUGAAGGGGUACAUCACCACCAGCACCCCCGCCGACGUAGACAUUUACGGCUUCGACUCGUACCCCGUCGGCUUCGACUGCGAGAACCCUACCGCCUGGCCGAGCGGCGGUAUCGACGAGGGCUGGCUGGCCUUUAACAAUGAGCUCGCGCCGGAUUCCCCGUUGACUAUACCGGAGUUCCAAGGUGGUGGUUUCCAGGCUUGGGGAUCUACGGCUGGCUUCGAGAGCUGCGCUGCCCUCGUCAACAUGGAGUUUGAGCGCGUCUUCUACAAGAAUAACUAUGCCGUCGGAGCUACCAUCUUCAACAUCUACAUGACGUACGGCGGCACCAACUGGGGCAACCUCGGCCACUCGGAUGGCUUCACCUCGUACGACUACGGCGCUCAGAUUACAGAGGACAGACUCGUCUGGCGCGAAAAGUACAGCGAGGUCAAGAUCCAGGCCAACUUUUUCCACGUGUCUCCUGGGUAUCUCGAAGCCGACCGCUUCAACCCGUCGCUCGAGUAUACUGAUACUGAGGACAUUACUGUCACGCCCGCGACGACGAACACGACCAAGUUUUACAUCACAAGACAUACGACCUAUGACUCUGUCGACUCUACACCAUACAAGUUGACCGUCAAGACGGUGGACUACGGUGACAUCCAGAUCCCCCAGCUGGGGAAUGACACCUUGGUUCUCAACGGCCGCGACUCCAAGAUUCAUCUCAGUGACUAUCCUGUUGGGGAUGACAAGCUCGUCUACUCCUCUGCCGAGGUCUUCACAUGGAAGAAAUACGACGACAAGACUGUUCUCGUGCUUUACGGUGGACCCAACGAGCACCAUGAGAUUGCCGUCGAGGAUGACGGAAAGAGCGACUACUCUAUCCUCCAGGGGGACAGAGUCAGCGUGGAGCGAUCAGAUGAUGACUACAUCAUCAUCUCUCUCGACAUCUCAGAUGAUGUGACCGACCGUAAGGUCGUGAAGAUGCGCGACGGUUUAUACAUUUACAUCCUGAACAGGAACGAAGCUUACGACUUCUGGGUCCCGUCUACCGGUGUCGAUGGCGACUACGGAACAUCCGACAUCAUCCUCAAGGCAGGCUACCUCGUGCGCAGCGCCCAGGCCGACGGCGACACGCUCAACAUAGUGGGUGACGUCAACGCAACCACAACGAUUGAGGUCAUCGGCGGCGUGCCCGCGGACCUGAAGGCGCUCAGCUUCAACGGCAACACCCUCGACUUCACGCGCGUCAACGGUACCGACGCCGUCAAGGCGACCGUGGACUUCACCAAGCCGGAAAUCAGCCUCCCCAGCCUGGAGAGCCUGUCUUGGAAGAAGAUCGAUUCCCUCCCCGAAGUGUCAGACGGCUACGACGAUAGUGCCUGGGUGGACGCCAACCUGACCACGUCGCCCAACGACUUUGGCGCGAUCGACACGCCCGUGUCCCUCCGCGCAGGCGACUAUGGGUUCCAGGCCGGCUCGGUCCUCUUCAGGGGCCACUUCACUGCCAACGGGAACGAGUCGAAGCUGGAUAUCUCUGCACAGGGCGGGUUGGCGUCCGGGUCGUCUGUGUGGCUGGACUCGACGUUCCUGGGGUCGUGGACGGGCACGGCUGCAGACUCGGUGGGCAACUCGACCUUCGACGUGAACAGCCUGUCGGAGGGUACGGAGCACGUCAUCACCGUCGUCGUCGACCUUACGGGCAUCAACGAGAACUACGUCAUUGGUGAGGACUCCAUGAAGGAGCCCCGUGGAAUCAUCAAGUACGACCUCGCCUCGCACGACGCCGCAGAUAUAACGUGGAAGGUCCAGGGGACUCUGGGAGGGGAGAGCUACCCUGACAAGACGCGUGGUCCCCUCAACGAGGGAGGGCUGUUUGCUGAGCGUAAGGGGUACCAUCUCCCCUCUCCGCCGUCGAGCGACUGGGAAGGCGGGUCCCCCACAGACGCCUCGUCCGCCGCCGGCAUCACGCUUUACUCUGCUGCCUUCGACCUCGACCUGCCCGAUGGGUACGACAUCCCACUCUCGGUCGAAUUUGACAGUGAUGUAUCAGGGGGUAGCUACCGCGUCCAGAUCUUUGUCAACGGCUACCAGUAUGGCAAGUUUGUCCCGCACAUCGGCCCUCAGAAGAGCUAUCCCAUCCCCGAGGGUAUUGUCAACCAUCACGGCACCAAUACUAUCGCUAUCACGGUGUGGUCUAUGGAGGAGAAGGGUGCGCAGAUCAAGGGGCUGGGUUGGACGGUCGGCAUGGUCUCCAAGUCUGGCUUCGGGGACGUCGAGUCGGCUCCUGCUCCUGAGUGGAAGGAGAGGGCCGGGUCUUACUAG